CAGUAUCAUAGAUAAGAGUCAGAAAGAAAGAGCUGGGAAGAAGAGCGCAGAGCACAGAGAGAGACUGACAGAGGAGAGGACACAACAGAGAUGACUUGGGCGGACAGAGCCAAGCAUUGGCCACCCUGUCACCGGAACUGCAGCCCUGUCGCAAAGGACAUCAAAAGGUGUGCAUGAGAAUAAAUGCUGUGAGAUCUGGAAGAGAGCAGCAGGAAUACACACUCCUGCAGAGGCGCUCACACUGGUCAGUGCAAGGGUCAACAACACUACUGCCUACUGCCAGGGAACCAGAACUUUCUUAGACUACAGAUGAACUGACCACAAUCUAAAUUAACCUUUGGAUUAAGGCGUUCAGAGAUCACAAUAAUUUUGUUUUGCUGUUGCAUCAAUCCCGGGGGUGUACAAUAGAAAGCUGCGGAUUGUUUUUCCCAUGGCGAGCAUUUGGGUCUCUCAACCGGGAACCAUCUGCAGCUCCAAGACUUUGCUCUUGGUGUUUUCCAUCCUGCUGCUCCAGGGGCCUCUCCGUGGACAGAGCAGCCCGAUCUCCAACACCCAUCAGAGGCAUCGCUCUGCUCCGGGGCUGGGAGAUGGUCAUGGAGGCGUGGUGGAUCCGUCACUGCUGGAGCAGGGCAACAACAUGAACAUGCAGAGCCUGCUGGAGAGUCUGAAGGAACAGUUUCUGCGGACUUUCAACCUGUCUGGCAUGAGUCCUCCUCCCCUGCCUCCUGGAAGCAUGCGAGAAGAGCCCCCUGAGUACAUGAUGGAGCUCUAUAACCGUUUCGCUAAUGACCGCACUGCCAUGCCCACCGCCAGCAUCAUCCGCAGCUUCAAAAAUGAAGAUUCAUCUCCCAGUGUUGUGGGAGUUGGAGGAGUGAGGCGUCACCCACUCCUCUUCAACAUGUCUGUCCCCCAUCAUGAACGCAUCACAGCAGCUGAGCUUCGCCUUUACACCCUUGUCCAGACUGACCGCCACCUGUAUGCUGGUGUUGACCGCAAGGUUGCUAUCUAUGAACUGGAAUCGCAUGACGGAGAUGACAACGUGACAGAUGAAAACACUGUGAGAGGCGACAAAUUCAGAGGGGGAGGAGAGCGGAUAGAGCUGGUGGAAUUGGCUUCACGUCAGGUCUAUGGCACUGAUAACGGCUGGCAGGCCUUUGACCUCACUGCUGCUGUUCAACGCUGGCGUAAAUCUGACCGUGGAAGCACGCACCGGCUGGAGGUGCACAUUUCCAGCAUGGCUAAUGAAGAGGAUGUUCAAGGGAUGACAGGGGACAACAAAGACAGGAAUCCACCUGAAGGGGACAUGAAGAUUGACACCAGCCCUGAGGAAAAACACAAACCUCUGCUGAUUGUUUUCUCUGAUGACCAAAGUAGUGAUCACCGUGAUGACAAGCGUGAGCUGAACGAGAUGAUUGACCACGAAACCUCUAACAUGGUUCUCCAGAAUGACUUGGGGACUGGCCUGAAUGGGCUGUGGGGGGAGCAGGGGAGGGACAGGGAUGAGGGUGUUGAAGAAGCUGAGCCAGAUGAAGAGGACCUCAUCCAAAUGCGCUCCAAUCUGAUCUAUGACACAGCAUCCCGAAUUCGUCGCAAUGCCAAGGGAAACCAUUGCAAGAAACAAUCUCUGUACGUAGAGUUCAAAGAUAUUGGAUGGGACAGUUGGAUUCUGGCACCCACCGGUUACGAUGCCUUUGAGUGCACUGGCAUAUGUUCCUUUCCUCUGACCAAGCACGUCACACCCACCAAGCAUGCCAUUGUCCAGACAUUGGUGAACAUCAACAGUCCUCAGAAGGCAGCACGAGCUUGUUGCGUGCCCACCAAGCUGGACCCCAUCUCCCUGUUGUAUCUGGAUGACACAGGCGUGGUCACCUACAAGUACAAGUUUGAAGGCAUGGUGGUGGCUGAGUGUGGCUGCAGAUAGUCCAUGCUUUGAGAGGGUUCAACAGUUUGUAAAGUCUUACAGUAAGAGUAAAGACACAGAACUAACAAAAAGCUGGAAAAGGAGAUAAACCAAAACUGUCUUCAACAAAUGGACAAUUGUUGGAAUCUCUGUAAGGGUUACUCAGUGACACUGGAAGUGCACAUUCACUAUUCAUGAAACUUUGUGCGCUCCAAGUCAGUGAGUAAGGACAAAUAUGUUUUAAACAGCAAAACAGAAAGAAGGACUUCAUCUAACACAGCUAAAGCCAUGAAUAUCAUUCAGACAGCGUGAGAGAGAUCGUGUGUCAACAUGUUGCCAGUAGUGAUGUCAAGGUGUGUCCUCAUACCCACAAGAAUAAAAGGCACACAAUUUCCCAAAGGACUGAACCAAGCACAUUCUAAAGUGUGUGCAGCCUGGUGGGAACUUGUGGGCCAGUUGUCCCCCUCCCCCUCAUCCCCCCUGACAUCUGUCUCCCUCUCCACUUAUCUCUGGCCUGCCCACUCGAUGCAAACACUAAUCAGCAACUUCAUGUGUCCUGGCGCAGUGAAAUGACCUCCCUCAGGCAACCUGACAAGACAUGAACUCUCCAGGCCCAGCUCCUGCCUCCUGCAGCCUCCUGAUACGUAGGCGCUGUGCAGGGGUCCUACUGGCAGGGUUAUCUACCCAACCCUGUUUCCCACUUCACAUGCCUCUUUUCCACUCCCCUGAGCUAUAGCGAUAGCAAGGUGUGGGGGGUUGAGAAACAUGUAUGCCACCAUUGGACGGCAUUCUGGGCAACUUCUGAGGUGGUGGGAUGGGGGAGUGGGACAGGACAAGGGGGCAGGGAUUGUCCACAUUCCUAGGCAACAAACAAUCUCAACUGUCUCAACUCACUGACCUAGCACCAUGUGCCCCUAACAUGUCUCCAGCUCCUCAGUUGAGUUAUCCAUCACUUUUAUGGUAAAAAUGCCUUUUUGGACAGUUAAUAUCUGAAGGCUACAAAUCAGGAGUGGAUAAAGGGGACACCUUGUUGAAUUUGCCUUUAUGGAUAUCCAAGGGAAAUACAGUUACAGAAAUACAGUUUCUUUUAAAAGCCUUUUGAUACCUCUGCUGCUUGUGUCAAAUAAAAGACUAUUUAUUGUUUUAAUUUAUUAAUUUUUACAACAGAGUAGAUAACUAUAUAUGUAAAUUUGUAAGUUACCUAGUGUAGAGCAGGUUUUGUAUCCAUGACAAUGCAUUGGCAGAACAAUAUUCAUUUUGUUGGGAAGAGAAAUGGUAACAAUUUCUAAAACAAUAAAGAGCAGCUGCUUAACAAAUCCUAAAUGCAAAAUGUCUCCUUAUCUGUGAAUGAAUCACUGAUCCUUACUGUUUCAGAAAGUUUACAUACCAUGUUUUUUAAAAAUGUCAUUAUCUCGUUUCAAGAUGAACGCAAACAUUUGGAGCUAAAAUGCCACACUGAUGUUAUUUUUCAUAGUUAAUUGUACAUGAUCUAUUUCCCACAUUACAGCUGUCAAUCAAAGCAUCUUGGUCUGUCAGCGUUCCUUUCCAUUAUUUUAGGAAGAAGCUGCUGGACCAAUGAUACAAUGCAUUGCUGACAUUCAGAUCAUUCAGUCCAACAGUAUCAGCUCACAGGUCAUAGUUCAGACAUGACACACAAACAAAGAACCAUGGGAAACUGAGUGGAAGGCUUGCUAAUGAACAAAAUGGAUGGCCUGCUGCUCACACUGACAGCUAGCAGAUGCAGACGGCUGUGAUGGAAAACCUGUUUGUGAAGAGAACAAAAAACAAACAAACAUCUGGACUCCAGCAUCUCUUUCUGCUCUCCUUAAAUGUCUAUGAUAGUUAAAUCAGCACAUAGAACACUGUUGGUUUUUUUAUGUGUCAACAUGCAGAGGAGAAC